AGCUGCUUACACCUCAUCAUACACUGGCUAGCGGCUGCAUUCCUCUCCCUGCCCGGGACAGUGCUGGUACCUCCCCCUAUCCCCCAUACAUCCAUCUCCUCCUCCUCUCCCCUCCCUGCUGACCCCCCUGAGUACCACUUGUGUCUCUUCUCUCCCGGGUCACCAGCACUCCGUCAUGGCUGUGAAGAAGAGUUCGGGCCCGGCUACCAGGCGUAGCGGAUUGCCGGUGAGCCGCUGGCCGGUGCUGGCGCUGCAGGCCGCCUUCUUGGUCAGCUUUGUGACCUGUAACGACGCCCCGCCGGUGCCCGGAGAGCCGCAGCUGCACAUAGAGCGGACCUGGGAGCCGGAGCUGUGCCGGCGCCGUGUGCAGGACGGAGACUUCGUGCGCUACCACUACCACGGAUCCUUCCCGGACGGCACGAAGUUCGACUCCAGUUAUGACCGAGGCACCACGUACAAUGUAUUUGUGGGAAAAGGACAAAUCAUUGCAGGAAUGGACAAAGCCCUGGUUGGAAUGUGUAUAAAUGAGAGGCGACUGGUGAAGAUUCCACCCAAUCUUGCCUAUGGGAGUGAAGGAGUGACUGGUGUCAUUCCCCCAGAUGCAGUGCUGCACUUUGAUGUCCUUUUGGUAGAUAUCUGGAAUCCAGAAGACACAGUCCAAGUGGAGACUUAUUAUAAACCAGAUAAUUGUACUCGCACAGUACAAGUGUCCGACUUCAUUCGAUACCACUACAAUGGAACCUUAAUGGAUGGAACACUUUUUGAUUCCAGUCACAAUCGUAUGAAAACUUAUGACACCUAUGUGGGAAUUGGCUGGUUGAUUCCUGGAAUGGAUGCUGGUCUCCUAGGAAUGUGUGUUGGGGAAAAACGUAUAAUCACAGUUCCUCCACGUCUGGCAUAUGGAGAAGAUGGGGAUGGUAAAGAUGUUCCCUCCCAGGCAUCUCUCGUCUUUGAUGUAGUUUUAUUGGAUUUGCACAACCCAAAAGAUGGCGUCACCAUUGAGGUCCAGUAUGUACCAGAAAACUGUGAGAGGAAAACUCAGGUCGGUGACUACGUCCGAUACCAUUAUAAUGGAACACUACUGGAUGGCACCUUCUUCGACUCAAGUUACUCUCGAAACCACACCUAUAACACAUACAUCGGAAAGGGUUAUGUGAUUGCUGGAAUGGAUGAAGGCUUGCUGGGAGUGUGCAUGGGAGAAAGGCGGCAGGUGAAAAUCCCACCACAUCUUGCCUAUGGUGAAGAGGGGACAGGAAAGAUUCCAGGAUCUGCAGUGUUGGUGUUUGAUAUCCACAUCAUUGAUUUCCACAACCCAGAUGACUCUGUCAGCAUCAUAUCACAGUUUAAGCCAAGCAACUGUACUAUACUGAGCAAGAAUGGGGACUAUCUGAAGUAUCACUAUAAUGCAACGCUCAUGGACGGCACUGCACUAGAUUCAACGCACCAAUACGGGAAAACAUACAACAUAGUUAUAGGAUCUGGACAGGUGGUACUAGGAAUGGACAUAGGUCUACAAGACAUGUGUGUUGGAGAGAAACGCACAGUUGUUAUUCCUCCACAUCUGGGUUAUGGAGAAGCUGGAGUAGAGGGGGAAGUGCCUGGCAGUGCAGUAUUGGUGUUUGACAUUGAGCUACUGGAGUUGGUACCAGGUCUGCCUGAAGGUUACAUGUUUAUAUGGAAUGGUGAAGUCUCACCGAACCUCUUUGAAGAGAUUGAUAAAGACACAAAUGGGGAGAUAUUUCUAAAUGAGUUUUCCGAAUAUAUUCAUGCCCAGGUUGAAGCUGGGAAAGGAAAACUAGCUCCUGGUUUUGAUGCUGCCAAGAUUAUUGAAAACAUGUUCAAGAAUCAGGAUCGAAAUGAAGAUGGCAAGAUUACAGAAGCAGAGUUUAAAUUAAAAGACCAAGAGGAUAAAGAGAGACAUGACGAACUGUAACCGUUUGGUGGAGAUUGUGUCUGCAUGCACUGUGAAAACGUGGAUGAUGUGUUUGUGGGGAAAUAAAACCACGGGUGCUUUGAUUAAUGUGAGAAUAUGGCUGCAGAACCGAACAUUCCAGAGAGAAUACCAGGAUGAUUUCAAAUUCUAAUUUUAAAACUAGUUCAUCUGAAGAGAAUUCAGCAUGAUACUGUAGAUUACAGGUUUCCUUUUUGCUGCUCAAAAACACAAUUCCUUAUUUUGCUUCCUUGAUGUCCUCCACAGUUAUUAUAUUACUAUACAACAUGUGGCCCUACUCAGGAAAUAUCAGACAGUACUUUAAUUAUUAAUAUUUGGUCACUUAACCAGCAACGUGAUUUACCUUCCUACAAACACUAGGCAUGUAUGGGAGGGUUACUAUGGCCAGCCUUCAGAAACGUUUCAUGAAAAAUGUUUCUUUCCCAGUGACAUUAGGUGCUGACAAUCAGUAUUAAGUCAGGUAAUAUUAUCUCUUAGUUUCUUCAGUGUUGUCCAAGCAAACAUCCCGUCUGCUUUCCCCUCACUGGUAUAUUUCCUGCUCCUCAUUAAGCUGCCGCUGCACUGAUCAGGAAACGGCACUACUGGACAGACUGAACCCACAAUGCUUCCAAGGCCCAAGUGGUUUUCUAGCGCUGCUUCUUGUAACAAUCUUUUCAAAAUGGCGAAGUGAGAUUAUAAGUAUAAGAGGAACAUGUGUGGAAUAAGUAUGGUAGAAGGUCGAAAAACCCAAUAAAAUGUAGUUUAACUAGAACUAAUUUACAGGGAAACACAUGCAGCAUUUAUAGGAGCACUAUACGAAGUUCAAUAAAUACUGUAUGUGAAAUCAAGGAAAUACAAGGCAGUCUAUUUUAAAAAGCUGCUGAUACCAUAAAAUAGAUGGAAAUUUAACAAGAGCUUUAUAAGAAGAUCCUUUAGAUACAGUUGUCAUUGAAAAGGAAGGUAUUUUCCUAUAUUUAGGAACCUUCAGUAAUCUAAGUGAAUAAUAAUUGGUAGUCUCCAAUUUGUGGAGAUAUUAGAACGAUAUCACAUUGUGAAUGUGCUAUGUAGCUUUUAUGAGGCAUCUUGAAUUUUUGGCUAACUGUUCCUUACCAUGUUAAAGUCUAUUUCUGUAUAUAAAUCCUGUGAGCACUAGUGGGCCUUACACACUGGGCGAUAAUACUGAAAGAUAUGAACGAUCUUGUUCAUUAAUGGCGUGAGCUCUCGCAAUUCAGACCUGCGGUAGCUAUUUUUUCAGUGUGAUUUUCAUUUCAAGAACAAAUACUAAGGGAUUUCAGAACGUCAGCUGCCCCUGCAUCUAUUGCACAGAAGUAGUGUAAGCAGGGCUGCAUUCAUUGCAGUAUAUGAUGAAAUCUUAGUUACUGUCCCUGCUUUCAUGUUUGUCAAUGAUGUUAAUUCAUUUGUAAUUACAGUUGAACUAACUUAUACCAAGUGAACAAAAAAAAAAUAUAUAUUUAUAUAUAUUUGGAUAUUUUAUGGUACAGUUGUACAGUAUCAGCGUUUGCGUUUAUUAGGACCACGUUGGUUGUUCUGUAUAUAUUUAGAGCACAAUGCUAUGAUGACAGAACUGCAUCAUUGUCUAUAUGAAUUCAUUGGUAUACACACGCUGAUCUAGCAUCAUUUGUUGUUAACAAGGCUGAUUAAUUACUGAUCUAGUGAAUACACUUAUACUAGGUACACACCUGAACUAUGGGUUGGCUGACGGGCCAUCCAAUCUAACAAUUUGAUUAGUGUUCUGCACAAAGGACAUGUGCAUAUACAAUUACCAAUCUGCCCCCCGACGUGAAUGGCCACAGGAACCGGUAUUGACGUUAUUGUUGGAAGUUCCUAUGGCUGGUAUAUGGGUCAGUUAGCCAGUAGCCUGUAUACACAGGCAGAUGUAACAAUAAAACACAUGGGAAAAAAUUAUUUUCAGUAAUUUAAUAAUGCAGGCGUAAUAUGCAAUAUCCCAUGGGUAGGAUCUUGUGGAAUCCCCAAUAAUUAUUGAAAUACAGUAUUUGUCUUCUGUUGAAGCUAUCUAUAAAGUGAUAUAUAUUCAUCAUUAUAUCUAUGAACAUAUUAUACUGUACUUUUGGGAUAUGUCGUAUUAAGAAUCUCACUGGAUUCAAUUACCCACAGAUCUCUCAGUGAGAACAUUUAAUUUCAGUACAAUAUAGUUAGAGCUAGUACGGUCUACACAUAUUAGGAUUAUCUAAUAAUACAAAUACAAAAUGCAUUCGACACACCAGCUUUGUUUUUAAUCUUUAUUCACUUAUUUUCAUUCUUCUUCACUUUCCUUACUAUCUUUUAUUACUUCGCUUAAUUCUAAAUAAAGGACAAUACAAGUCUGAAAAAUUAUUUCAAUUAUAUAUAUAAUUAUUAAACAUUAAAUGUGGCAUUUUGCCUACAUGUGAGAACAAUAUAGGGAUUUUAACGAAUUUUCAAUAAAGAAUUUAAUUUUAAUACAGUGUAUAUUGGGUUGUGUGCACCGCACAAAUAACUGAUUUCUCUUUUUCUUUCCCCUCUCUUUGGGGAUUUGACCUCAUACAGAUGUAACAAUAUGUCUGCAAGAUAUAUUGAUAUCUGCCAUGCUGCACAGACAACGUUUAUAUGUCUGAACUACAUGAUCAGCUGUACAUACGAGCGGACAGCCAGGACAAUAUGUUGUUAGUCGGCUGAACGAAUAUCAUAUCGCACAAUGUGUAUCCAGCAUCUGAUAUAAAACAGUACGCAGUGAGCUACCUCCGGUUGUGUUCAGAGUACACUAAGCUGUUCUGAUGUUCAAAAACCAGUGAAGUAGUAAUUCACUCUUGUAAACCGCAUAUCAAUGUACUGUGUUUAGGGAUUAGUUUCACUUGUAAGAGGGCAAUACUUAAAGUAGGGAUUUCAUCAUUACACAUGUUAACAUAUACAUUUGUUGAACUACAUGGAGUGCUAAAUUUUGUUGAAACAUUUGUAUUUUCAUUCAUUUUUAAUAUGUACGAAAUAUUUAAUUUGUUUGCUGAAGACUGUUACUAGUACCAAGAUUCAUUUACAUUUGCCAGUUUAUGGAUUGUAUGUCAGUUACCUAAAUGUUUGUAUAAUGUAACUAUUUUCUUUUUUUUAAUCAUUCUGUCAAAAACCCGGUUGAAAUAUUAACUCAAUUAUAUAAAAUGUUGAGAACAGGAAGAUCGAUUUUUAUAAAUAAAGUACUGAAACUCUGCA